AUGGAUAAUGGACCACGACUGUUCCGCUUCUUGAAUGUAUGGACAUCCAAACUAGAUUUAAUUGGGGUCAUUCGGGCUACAUGGGACACUCCAGUCCAAGGAUCACUGCUUCGAGUUUUGUGCUCAAAGUUGUUAGCUAUCCAGAGGGCGAUUCAGCAAUGGAAUAAACAGCAUUUUGGCAAUAUAGGCACGACGGUAAAGGAAGCUGAAGCUAGGUUGGUUAGAGCAGAGGAUGGCUUGGCAAAUGAUGAAUCCGGUGAGGAGUAUGAGGGCCUUCAUAGAGCACAAGUGGAACUUAAUCGGGCUUUGGCAAUAGAGGAACAAUUUUGGAGGCAAAAGGCCCGGGUCAGAUGGCUCAGUAGUGAGGAUUGGAAUACAUGGGAUUUUCAUGCAGUGGUCAAGCAAAGGCGAAUAAAAAGAGCAAUACAUUGGGUGAAGAAUUCCAAGGGGACGUGGUUGGAUAAGGAUGACGACAUAGCGAAGGAGGCAAUUGAUUAUUUCUCUAAGUUAUUUUUAGGGUCUAUGGACACCAGUCCCAGGGAGUUGGUGCAUUUAGUCCCGCCAUUGGUUACAAGAAAGAAAAGUUCAUUGUUGGCAAAGGUGCCUGACAUAGAGGAAGUUCGACGUCUGGUGUUCACAAUGGAUGGGAAGAGUGCUGCUGCACAGACGGUUUCACUGAAAUUGAUCUCGGCCAUAGGCAAGAAGGCAAGAGGGGGGAAUGUAGCGUUAAAGUUGGAUAUGGCUAAGGCGUAUGACCGGAUAUUCUGGAGGCAUAUUAUUUCCAUGCUGCGUAUAUUCGAUUUUGGUGAACGAUUUAUUGAUCUGGUCUGGAGGCUGAUCUCAAAUAUCUGGUUUUCAGUUAUCAUCAAUGGUAAAUCUCACGAGUACUUCAAAUCUAGUAGGAGCUUACGUCAGGGAGAUCCUUUAUCCCUAGUGCUUUUUGUUAUUGGUUUGAAGAUGUUCUCGCAAGGUCUGAAUGCGCUGGCAGUGCAGCAUGGUUUUCUGGGGUUUAGAGUCCCAACAGACUACCCCAUUGUCACACACCUAGAUUUUGCGGAUGAUGUGAUCAUCUUUACUAAUGGAUCGGUGGCGGCUUUAAAGCAAAUUAUGCAAGUGUUGGAUAUGUAUCAGCAAUCUUUGGGCCAGCUGGUAAAUACUCAAAAGAGUGGCUACUUGAUUCAUAGGACUCUCUCCCCGGUUAAGAGAAGGGUCAUUGAGCGGAUUACACAAUUUAGGAAACAAGAAUUUCUAAUUCGCUAUCUUGGCUUUCCUCUGUAUAUGGGUAGAUACAAAGCAGAGUACUUUGGGGAGAUGUGCCAGGCGGUGCUGGAUCAAGUCAUGUCGUGGAAGACUAGGUUGAUAUCUCAGGGAGGGAGGAUUGUUUUGGUAAAACAUGUGCUUUCAGCCAUCCCGGUCCAUUUAUUGUCUGCUGCGGUGGAAUUGAGGCAGUUUGACUCGCUGACGUGGAGACGAAUGUUAAACAUCAGUAGGCAAGUGGAAUUAGCCAUGAUUUGGUUGGUCAACGGGGGCUCCUGUAAUUUUUGGUUUGAUAAUUGGCUGGGCAGUGGAGCCCUUUUUCUGAAGGCUACGGUGUUUCCGGCCCUCACUUUCAAGGAUUUCAUCUCCAAUGGGGUCUGGGAUGUCCAGUUGCUUGGUCACUAUAUUCCGCUGGAUCUCAUUCAAUUGAUACUACAACACCCAGUCCCUACGGGAGACGGCUGCGAUGAGGUGAUUUGGAGACUGAUGCCUUUAGGGAGAUUCACGUUGGCAUCGACCUUCCAAGAAGUUUGUCAGGCACAAAAUGCCUCUGUGAUUCACGCUCAGGUAUGGCAUCCACCGAUUCUUUUGAAAAUUUCUUUUUUCAUGUUGUGGUUGCUGUUGGGAAAACUGCCUUUGGCUAAUGCCUUGUGGAGGGUGGGAGUCCAUUUGGCCUCCAAGUGUGUGUGCUGCGAUGAUAGAGAGAUGGAGUUGUUGGAACAUGUCUUCUCGGAGGCGCAGGUUGCAAGAGGAGUCUGGACCUAUUUUGCUAGGAUUUAUGGGGGUUACUCGCCAAGGGUUCUCGCUUCGGACAUGGUUAACAGCUUGGUUCGAAAUGAAGCCCAUUACGAAGGGAUUCAGAUGCGCGUGGCACGGGUGUGUCAUGACAUCUUCGUAGACAUGCAGGGGGUGGUUGAGGCACAGUUUAACCAGAGACUUGGGGUCGAUUCACUUGUCCUGGUUGGGAUUCUUCAUCGACGGCUACAAUGCCCGUGGGUGGUACGAAGGGAGGUUGACCAGAUUAGGGGCAUGGUUGAGGAUGUGAUGCGGGUUAGUCAUUGCUACAGAGAAGCAAAUAGGAUGGCAGACUAUUUGGCUAAGGUGGGAGCGUCGGCCCCUAGCCAGAACGUCAGCAUCUAUGAUCAGUUCAAUACGAUUCCAAGGCUGGCACACGGGGAAAUUCGAUUAGAUAGGUCAGGCUUACCUUCGCUCAAGAGGAAGAUAGCAGGAUAG